AACACAACAUCCUGUGGACUCUUGCAUUCAUCUUGAUCCUUCUCACAUCCAUACCCACCGUCACAAUGCCAGAAAACAUGGACACCAUCCCCAAGCCCUUCACCAUCGAAAUCGCCGGCAAACCCAUCACCAAAAUAGACGCCAUCCCAGAAGGACGUGAGCAAGCAAAGAUCGGCUCCGAGCCAGCCGUCUUCGAGCUCAAGGACAAACGCCUCCAGUGUGACGGACACAUUCUCGCCCGAGCACUAUUAGAAGACCGCAGCCUCGCGCCAAAGCGCGUGUACUGGUACCCGGCAGACACCGACGAAAAAACACAAGACGUUACUGCAACCAAGGAUGGCGAAGAAUACAGGCUCCACUUUGCCAGCUGCCCUCUUACCACCAACGAGGAAGGCGUGUUUGCGGAAAUGCUAGACCGUGAAGAUCACAGCAAGGUCGUGCUAAAGAUGCAUUAAAUCGCCAUCCAUCUACCGUUAUGUUCAUGGUUGUAAGCUCGGCUGCAGGACUUGAUCGGUCGGCAUCACGUCAUUGCCACCCCCACCCUGCAUAGGCGACUUCCAAACCACCUACCUACAUAGUACAGUCGAAUUGAUUAUAUCCGUCUCACCC